AUGCGGCGAUGGUAUUAUUAUAUCGUUCCCCCCUUGUGCAGAACGUCAUGGGUGCGUGCAGAUCUCCCAACCAGCCAGAGCCGAUCGCAAUGGAUUGGGGCCCCACUGCUGACGAACACACUGCCAUGCUGGCUGCUGACUGGCGGGAGCGGCAGACUGGUGGAAAUCGAGUGGAGGCGGCGCAGAGUCUGGAACGACCAGAACUUGGAUUCUGUUGAUAACGGAAAGCCUGGACUGGCACGGUGGUUCUUGAUUGUAUGCCAUUUGAAUCGUGUCUGCCCCGUGGCAAGUGGUGGCCGGGGCCAACGUGGCCGUCGGAUCCUGCAACAGCGAUCGUCGGGCUCAGGUGCCCAACACGUUCGCAGAUCCGCGAUGCAGAACGUUUCAGUGUUUCAUGGAGUUGCAAGAUCCCCCCUGGGCCAGGACCAACACCCCAGUGGGCCGCGGCACCCCCGUCGCGAUGGACCCUGA